GAUUAUUUAAAGUCUUUUCGACUCACUGGUUUGCUGAACAGGCUGGGAGGGCUUGAUGCUACAACAGACUGGAACUGGUAUGAUGAACUGUCGCCAGGUGAAAUGCAACGGCUGUCAUUCGUACGCCUGUUCUUUCACCAUCCUCCAUAUGCUAUUUUGGAUGAGGCUACAAGCCAAGUCAGUGAGGAGAUGGAGCAGCUGUUGUACAAGACAUGUUUUGAGUUGAAAAUCACAGUCAUGAGUGUUGGUCACAGGUCUACAAUUAGGCCAUAUCAUGACAUGGAGCUGAAACUAGGCAUCGAUGGAGCCUGGUCUCUGAAUCCUAUAUU